AUGUCCGAGGAAGCAUCAUAUACUCUUUUGCCACCUUGUGAUUCAGAACUGUGUUUCAACCCCAAGCGCCCCAACUAUAAUGAGGAGGAGUCGCUCCUUCAGUCGGCCCCUUCCACUAGCCUUCACUCCGUGCUGACUCCCUGGGACCGGCACCUGUGGCUACUUUCCGCUGCCAGCACUCUCGGUGCGGAGCUCCCGGAGGCCCUCAGACCCGGGCCGCCCCCUCCCCCUGCUGGCAGCGCCACUACUGAAGGACCUGGCCUCCGCGGGGACAUCACACAAACCCCAGGGACGCUUCUGGACUUGGCUAUUCCUCCGCCCGUGGCCCCGCAGCGCUGGGGGAAGCUGCAUGGACGAAGGGAAGGACGAGGGGCUACUGCGGGAGGAUUCCCGGGGGCGUCGCCUGCUUCCGCCGCCGCCUCCUUCAGUGAAAGUCCCUUUUGGGUCCAGCUGUCACAGGCACCGCGCUCCCUCAGGCCGGGCGGGGGACACCCCAGGUCUGCGUGGCCCCCGCGCCGCCACGCCCAGUGGCCGCCAGAGCCCCGCGAGCAGGGGGAGGAGCCGCCGCCAGUGGAGGCGGAGGAGGUAGAGGAGGCGGAGACGGCGGAGACGGCAGAGAAGGCGGAGAGGAAGGUGGAGGCGGAGGCGAAGGUGGAGGGGAAGGUGGAGGCGGCGGGGAAGGUGGAGGCGGCGGGGAAGGUGGACGCCGCCGGGAAGGUGGAGACAGCAGAGGGUCCGGGCCGCCGGGUUGAGCUCAAGCUGGAGCCCGAACCCGAGCCGGUACCGGAGGCGGAGCAGGAGCCGAAGGGGGAGCCGAAGCAGGAGCUGGAGGAUGAGAACCCGGCGCGGAGCGGCGGUGGCGGCAGCAGCGACGAGGUUCCUCCCCCCACCCUUCCCUCCGACCCCCCGCGGCCCCCCGAUCCCUCUCCUCGGCGCAGUCGUGCCCCCCGCCGCAGACCCCGGCCACGGCCACAGACCCGACUCCGUACCCCGCCGCAGCCUAGGCCACGGCCCCCGCCCCGGCCCCGGCCCCGGCGCGGCCCUGGGGUCGGGUGCCUGGAUGUGGAUUUCGCUGUGGGUCCACCAGGCUGUUCCCACGUGAACAGCUUUAAGGUGGGAGAGAACUGGAGGCAGGAACUGCGGGUGAUCUACCAGUGCUUCGUGUGGUGUGGAACCCCAGAGACCAGGAAAAGCAAGGCAAAGUCGUGCAUCUGCCAUGUGUGUGGCACCCAUUUGAACAGACUUCACUCUUGCCUUUCCUGUGUCUUCUUUGGCUGCUUCACCGAGAAACACAUUCACGAGCACGCCGAGACAAAACAACACAACUUAGCCGUAGACCUUUAUUACGGAGGUAUAUACUGCUUUAUGUGUAAGGAUUAUGUAUAUGACAAAGACAUUGAGCAAAUUGCCAAAGAAGAGCAAGGAGAAGCUUUGAAAUUACAAGCCUCCACCUCAACCGAGGUUUCUCACCAGCAGUGUUCAGUGAUGGGACUCGGUGAGAAAUAUCCAACCUGGGAGAUGACCAAACCCGAGUUAGAACUGCUGGGGUACAAUCCAAGGAGAAGAAGGAUCACCUCCAGCUUUACCAUCGGUCUGAGAGGACUGAUCAAUCUUGGCAACACGUGCUUUAUGAACUGCAUCGUCCAGGCCCUUACCCAUACUCCCAUACUGAGAGAUUUCUUCCUCUCUGACAGGCACAGGUGUGAGAUGCCGAGUCCUGAGCUGUGUCUGGUCUGCGAGAUGUCUUCACUCUUUCGGGAGUUGUACUCUGGAAACCCGUCUCCUCACGUUCCUUAUAAGUUGCUGCACCUGGUAUGGAUACAUGCACGCCACUUAGCAGGGUACAGGCAGCAGGAUGCCCACGAGUUCCUCAUUGCAGCCUUAGACGUCCUGCACAGGCACUGCAAAGGCGAUGAUGCUGGGAAAGCUGCCAACAAUCCCAACCACUGUAACUGCAUCAUAGACCAAAUCUUCACAGGUGGCCUGCAGUCCGAUGUCACCUGUCAAGCCUGCCAUGGUGUCUCCACCACCAUAGACCCAUGCUGGGACAUCAGUUUGGACUUGCCUGGCUCGUGCACCUCCUUCUGGCCCAUGAGCCCAGGGAGGGAGAGCAGUGUGAAUGGGGAGAGCCACAUCCCAGGAAUCACCACCCUCACAGACUGCUUGCGAAGGUUUACGAGGCCAGAGCACUUGGGAAGCAGUGCCAAAAUCAAGUGCGGUAGUUGCCAAAGCUACCAGGAGUCUACCAAGCAACUCACAAUGAAUAAAUUACCUGUUGUUGCCUGUUUUCAUUUCAAACGGUUUGAACACUCUGCCAAACAGAGGCGCAAGAUCACUACAUACAUAUCCUUUCCUCUGGAGCUGGAUAUGACCCCAUUUAUGGCCUCAAGUAAAGAGAGUAGGAUGAAUGGACAGUUGCAGCUGCCAACCAAUAGUGGAAACGACGAGAAUAAGUAUUCCUUGUUUGCUGUGGUUAAUCACCAAGGAACCUUGGAGAGCGGCCAUUACACCAGCUUCAUCCGACACCACAAGGACCAGUGGUUCAAGUGUGAUGAUGCCGUCAUCACCAAGGCCAGUAUUAAGGACGUGCUGGACAGUGAAGGGUAUUUACUGUUCUAUCACAAACAGGUCCUGGAGCACGAGUCAGAAAAAGUGAAAGAAAUGAAUACACAAGCCUACUGAAGUGAUACACAGACCCACCUGCAAUGGAAGAUGGCGACACCUGUACUACAACUGGCAUCGAGAUUUAAAGGACCUACUUGCAUGGCCCAUGGGCCUGACAGAGUAAGAAUUGAACAGUACCCAGUGUCUCAAAGGUCACGGUUGGAAGAGAAAUAGACGGGGCGGGAGAAGAGGCUCUAGUCUAAAUGGUCACUUAAAGGAGAAUUCAAUGGCAGGAAUGCUCUAGGCGGAGAAGGCAGGAGCAGGGAAAUCCUGACACUGGAAUAGUUCUAAGAGAUAUGAAUGGCGCGAGACUCCUGAAGCUGACCUCCCUGUCUCCACUGGUGGAAGGCACAGACCACCAGAGGGAGCAGCUGUGCCUGGCACUUCCUGAAUGAAGCCUGCACCUCCUCUGGAAAACACCUUGUCCCUCAGCAACAGGGGAGCCAUUCCAGCCCAGCCCUAUGCCCCUACCUGUCACCAACCCCCAAAUUGAGCCAUGGAGUGUAACAGCAGCAGCCAGGGCCUGCUUUCAGAUCACACCACCGUGGGACCCAGGGCACCAUGUAUUCAGCAGGGAAUGCUGAUCAGGGAUGCCAUCAACCAAGAGGUCUUUUCCAAUCAAGAGAACAGAGUGGCCCCCAUACAACUCAUGUUGUCAUAACGCAGUAGACCUGAUGCCAGGAACCUGUGUUUGCGCCAAAUGUACACUCACACCCAGAAGUGAAGGCCCAGGUCCUCUGAGACCAUGAAGCUCAGCACCCACAGCCAUCUGUCAUUACACACUGACCUUUCCCUGCAGGUGACCAGAAACCAUGUUUAAACUCUUGUAUCAAAAGUGUACCAAAUAUAUAGGAAAAUGCACAUAUCGCAAGGGUACAACUUCAUGCAUUUCUAGGAAAUGAACAGAUCCCUGCAAACGACAUCCAGAUCAAGAAACAGGACAUUGCCCCUAAGUCAGGGCCCACUUCUGCUUCCUUCCAAUCAAUGACCCCAAAGAGUGAUCCCUAUCCUGACUUCUUUCACUAUAGAUUAGUGUUGCC